GACUUUUGGAGACUUUGCUCCAUCAUCCACGUAACAGACAACGCCGUUCCGGUUUUCAUCAUGGCCAACAGGUGUAUCCUCCAAAUCGCUCUCCUGUUGUCCUUCACAUCUCUCUCUUUAAGCUACAACUUGCUUCAGCUCCAACAGCAGCAACGCAGGAGCACUUUGGCCUGUCUGGAGCUUCUGAAACAGCUGAAAGAAAAGCCUGAAUACUGCCUGAAGGACAGGAUGGACUUCAAAUUCCCCGAGGAGAUCAGGCAACCACAGCAGUUCCAGAAGGAGAAGGCUGCUCUUGUCAUUCAAGAGAUGCUUCAGAACAUCUUUGCUAUUUUCAGAAAAAAUGUCUCACACACUGUGUGGAAUAAGACCACUGUGGAGAACCUGCUUGUUGAACUCCAUCAGCAGAUGGAUCAUCUGAAGUCAACAAUCCUGCAGGAAAAACUGGAGGAGGAAAACUUUACCAAGGAGGACACCACGACCAUUCUGCGCCUGAAGAGCUAUUAUUGGAGGAUCAGGAGGUACCUGAACGCCAAGAAGAACAGCGUUUGUGCCUGGACAAUAGUCCAGGUGGAACUCUUGAGGAACUUUUCCUUCAUUGACAGACUCACAGAUUGCUUCCAAGACUGAAGAUCUGCUAGCUUGUUCCACUGGGACAGGAAAUGCCUUCAGGAAUGCUUCAUUG